ACGUGGCGACAGCAAGCAGCUGCUCGAAGUCGGGAGACGUGGCAGUGGUAUAGUGGUGUGUGUCCGUUAAACGUGUGAUGGUGCAGUUAUAUAAUCAUUGAUCAGUCAUGGGCAACAAGCAGGGCCACGAGCUCUCGCCCGAGGAGAAGCAAAAGCUCAAACAGGAAAAGGAACGCGAGAAAAAGCUUGUGAAAGAGGAGAAGGAACGCAAAAAGCGAGAGAAGAAGGAAGAGAAGAAACGAAAGAAGGACAAGAAGAAGGGCAAGGACGGCAGGAGCCCAGAUGAGUUAGAUGAUGAGGACGCCGAGAGCGUGGGAGGAAGCUCGGCGUGGUCGGAGAAGAGCCAAGGAUCAGCCCCGGGAUCAUGGUACCAUUCAGCCUCCGAGCCCUCCUCCAAGCGAUCCUCGAUCUACCUGCCUGCCUCCGCGGGGCCCGGCUACUAUCAGCAUGACUGCUGGUACUCAGGCUAUGAGGACAGCGGUUCCGAGAAGUCCAAGCCUCCUUCUCGAGCCCCGAGCGUGAAGAGUGUCAGCUCGAACCUCCGUGCUAGUUCCCUCGAGCGAUACCCUCUUGGCGUCCCAAAGGGAGAGCCCAUCGAACCCAUGCACAAGGCUGGGUCGCUGGACUUGUCCUCGGUCGUUGCAGCGUCAUUCUUGCAGGAUCGGGAGAAGCUAGCUGCUGAAGCCGAAGUCGCAGCCGCUAUUGCCUCGCGGUAUGACGAAACCAUUCGCACCUCGCGAGACCACCUCGAACGGACCUCUGUAGAGCGAGUGUCCUUCCUAGAAAAGGCCGCCUCGGCAGAGCGAGCCUCCCUCACGGGCCGCACGUCGCUGGCAGAGAAGGUGUCCCUCGACUCCUCUGUGUAUCAGUCCGCCGAGGAAGGAUCUGUGAGAGGCGCCAAGCGUAAGGUCUCUCUAGAGGACAAGGAAUCAGUAAAGUCCUCCGUGUACUACUCAGCGGACGAAGGGCGCGACUCGAAGCGGCAGACCGUAGAUUACUCCUCAGACCGCGCCUCGCUCUCGGGUUCCAUCUACUACUCAGCUGACGAAGGCGGCUCGAUAGCGGGCUCCGUGUACUACAGCGCGACUUCUGGCUCCGAGGUCGAGGAUCACGGGGAUGAUAAUGAACUGCUGGGCAAAGAGCGUCCGAGUGCACCUGGGAAGCCUGAAGCAGUGGACCGCGAGGGCGGAAUCCUCAACAAAUUGGCUUACAUCAAGGUGGAGAAUGACGCGCUGCUGCUGCGCUGGGACGCCCCGGACACCGACGGCGGUUCGCCCAUCACAGGUUACAUCAUGGAACGCAGUGAGGGCGAGUCCGAGAUGUGGGUGCGGGUGAACUUGGUACCCAUCAAGGAUACCGAGUACCCCGUUGCCAACCUGGUGGGAGGGCGAGAAUACCGCUUCAGGGUGUUUGCCGAGAACGCAGUGGGCCUGUCGGAUCCCUCCGUUCCGUCCGAGAUGGUGAGCAUCUCCACCGACCAGGAGGCCACAGAGCCGCACUUCCUCAGGGAACUCAGGGACGUCGUGGCAGUGGCGGGCCAGCGGGUUGAGUUUUCCGUGGACAUCAUCGGUACGCCGCCCCCGGACGUGACCUGGUACAAGGACGGCUUCGAGGUGUACGACACGCAGCGGUUCCAGUUCCUGGCGGACGGAGACCGAUACAUGCUGAUUCUACGGGAGGCGAGACUCACGGACGAGGGAGACAUCAGGGUAAGAGCCACGAACCGAGUGGGCGUGGCGUCUUCCCAGGCCGCUCUCACAGUCCAAGCACCGCCACAAAUUACCUUGCCGCCGCAAUACGAGCAAGGUCUGAUCUUAGACACCGACGAACUUAUUCGACUUCGAGUUCCCUACACGGGCCGACCUCAGCCUACAGCCACAUGGACACACAACGGCAAACUAAUUGAGGUCGACGAGCGCCACACGAUGGACGUUUCGGAGAAGUACGCCACGCUGAAGAUCGCCGGCGCCAAUAGGAUGGACAAGGGCAUGUAUGCGCUCAAACUGGCGAACCCGCAGGGCGAAGCCUCGACUUCAUUCUUCGUCACCGUCACGGAUCGGCCGGAUCCACCCAGCGUGCCAGUAAUCACAGACGUGACUGGCACCUCCCUCACUCUCCGAUGGGACCCGCCCGCUGAUGACGGUGGCUGCAGGAUAUCUAACUAUACUCUCGAAUACUUCAGGGUGGGCUGGGACGUGUGGCUCAAGGCUGCGUCCUCUCGAAUCACGUGGACGCAGCUCAGUGACCUGAUCGUCGGCUCGGAGUAUCGCUUCAGGGUUAAAGCCGAGAACGCGUACGGUGUGUCAGAACCCGGGCCAGAGUCCGAGCAGAUCCUCAUCGAAGACACCAUAAGUCCCACUGGGUCCUUCGAGUAUGAGACCUACAAGUCCACCACGACGGUUGGAACGUCGCUGCCUCCCGACUCGGCCACGCCCAGGCGAGAUGUCAUCUCGACGCUGGAGUUUGGCGGCUCAGGUGAGAGCUCUGACAUAGGUUCUUUCGGCAACACAGGGGAGUCGGCGGAGCUGGCUCGCGGCCUCAGCGCAGGGAUCUCCGAAGAGGCCGAGUCCUCGCUGGGCGGAUCCAGCGGCCGAGAGCCAUCGCUCGAUCUUGGAAGCUCGAGUGAAAAGGCCCCGUCGUUCGACUACGGUUCUUCGAUGGGAAAGGGGCCUUCCUUCGAAGUUGGGUCGUCGAUGGAGCGCGGGCCCUCCUUCGAGGUCGGCUCCUCCGAUGAGAGAGCAUCGUCGUUCGAAGUCGGCUCUUCGAUGGAGCGCGGCUCUUCUUACGAGCGAGAGUACAGCAGAAGAAGGCAGGAAGCUCGCCUGGUAGGAAGCUCAGCAGAACAAGACCAGAGUGGAUAUCUAGACAGAGAUAGUUCUCUGGAAGACCAAGGGGUCAUUCGUGGAACCUAUGAAUUCGGAAGUUCACUGGAUUCCUAUGAUCAGGAAGAACUGAGGCUUAAGGGCCACCUAGAGCUCAGAGGAUCUGCGGGAGGAUCCCUGGAUCUAGGCGGUUCUCUAGGGGAGUCGGUGGAAAUCGGAGGUUCUAUGGAUAGCGAAGAACCUCCGAUGCCACCUCCCCGUGUGCCUCGUAGGGGAGGUCGCUCUCCUGCUGUGCCGCCCACGCAAGCAGAGGAGGACGGUGGUCAGUUGGCGGCCCCGACCCCACCUCCCAGAAGCCGUCGCCCGGGGUCCAGAGCCUCUACCGUGUCAGAGUCUUCUGCUCUCGGAUGGAGCCCCACACCUCCACGACGACGUAAGCGACCCAAGUCCGAAGCGGUAGGAGCCGAGGCCGCGUCCAUGGAGUUCGAGGAGAGCUUCGAGGACUCGCCGACGGCCACCCCGCGUCGCAGACGUCGCCAGGCAUCGCAGGCCUCCACCGAGACGUCCGAAACCCCAGUCGAGGCGAUCACCCCAACCCGCGGCACCUCCAUCGCCUCCUCCGACGUCGAAUUCGAAAGCGCCCAGGCAGCCCCAGAUAGCACACCCUCGCCUUCGACAUCUGGCGCUUCCGUAACGGCGAGGAUGGAGGCGGUGAAGGUCGCCGCGGGCGGUGAUGCCGUCCUGGUGGUUUCCCUCGAGAACAUCCAAGCAGCCAAAAUCUCCUGGCAGAAAGGAGGUCGUGAGGUGGUGGCGGGCCCUCACUACACUACGACGGAGACGCAGAAGGCGGCGCAGCUUAUCAUCCACGGAGCCUCAUCGCAAGACUCGGGCACAUACACGGCCGUCGUCACCAGACCUGAUGGCACGCAGGCCAGGGCAGCGGUGGCUCUUGAGGUAGCCUCCACUGGAUCUCAAGUUAAGGUGGAGGCGCCCAUCUUCGUUAGGACCCUCAGUGACCUGGCGGCGAAAGUGGGAACGCGCGUCCGCUUCCUGGUCGAACUCCGGCAAGCACACGAUGUGAAGGUGUUCUGGUACCACAAUGACGUAGAGGUCACAGAGAGCCCCAAAUUCAGACUACUGCACGAAGGCAACUUUUUCUGCGUAGAUAUAUCUCCCUUGACCGUCGCUGACGAAGGACCAUGGAACUGUGCAGUGGCAGAGAUCUCGGUGCCAAGGCAUCAGUGCAGGCUGGAGAGAGAGAGAGCAUUAGAGAGAAAGAAAGCAGCCUGCUCAAGCACCAUCACUUCCCUUCCAGUCCCGAAGGGUUACAAGGCCCCAGUGUUCCUCGAGGAGCUGGAGGCCAUUCUGACGACGGAGGGCACGGUGAGCUUGGAGUGCAAAGUGGUGGGUGUGCCAACGCCCAUCCUCAAGUGGUACAAAGAUGGCAACGAGAUUAAGGCUGGUGAUGUGUUCGCUCUCACCGCCAACCCGAACGACCCGACUUCCCUCGGGACUUAUACAUGCGAGGCCGUUAACUGCAUGGGUCGCUCCAUUUCCUCCUCCAGGGUGCGGGUCUUGGCUAGGGACUCACUCGGGGUCCCAUCCAGGAAAGACCGCCGUUCUCCGACUCCAGUUGGUCCUCCACCAAAGAUCCUAGAGGAAGUACAGGACAAAAAAGUUAAGGUCGGCGAUAAGGCAAGAUUAACCUUUAGAGUGGAGACGCCGCCUGAAGUAUUAUCCGUAACGUGGUAUAACAAUGGGCACAAGAUCGAACUCAGUGACAAGUACAGAUUAAGCGACGAAGGAGGUGGGCGCUACAUGCUGGAGAUACAGCCGGUAGAGCUCGGAGACGACGGCGAGUGGAAGGUCGUCGUGAAGAACGAGGGAGGAUAUGCGUCUUCGCUCGGCAAAAUCACACUAACAGUGCCAAGAAACUACAGGGGACCGCGGUUCUUGGAGGACCUGCGAGCACUGUUGACCGAGGAGGGCCUCGUCUCCUUUGAGUGUAAAGUUGUGGGUUACCCGACUCCUGUAUUGCAGUGGUUCAAAGAUGGCCAAGAACUGAAACCUGGUGAUGUUUACCAGCUUUCAGGCACUAAUUCACUUGGUAAAUAUUCGUGCAUUGCGAAAAAUUGCAUGGGUGAGGCAAAAUCAACGGCAGAGCUUACCCUUGAGGACAUCAAGUCACACCUAAAUGAGGAGGAGAAGGAGCAACUCCUAGCAACCAACAUUCCACCUAGGUUCAUCCAGGGCCUGAAGAGCCGAGACGUUAAGAUCGGUGAUCCCAUAAGAUUAACAGUACAAGUAACAGUAACGCCAGCCCCUGAAGUGACUUGGUAUCACGAAGACGAGAUCAUAGUUGAAUCUUCUAAGUAUCAUGUGUCCAAAGAGGAUCCUGGCAUUUUCCACUUGGAUGUAGAGAAUCUGGAAGUGUCAGAUCAGGGAGAAUGGAAGUGUCUGGCUAGCAACGACUUCGGCCACAGCGUCACAGCAGCCUCCGUGAAGCUGGUUAUUCCAAGACACUACAAAAAGCCUGUGUUCCUCGAGCCCCUCCGGGCUGUACUAUCACAAGAGGGAACUGUGAAUCUAGAGUGCAAGGUGAUUGGUGUUCCUCAGCCAGUCCUUAAAUGGUUCAAGGAUGGCACAGAGCUCAAACCGGGUGACAUCCAUAGAAUUAUUAGUGGUGAAGAUGGUACCUGCUGCCUUGGGACCUAUACUUGUGAAGCUUAUAAUGUUAUGGGUUCUGCUUCAUCCUCUGCAGCUCUUCUUGGCUUCGAAGAUAAACUUAUUCAGAAGGAAAGUGACAAGAUGGCAGCUGCGAUGGCACUAGCUGAUGCACGGGGCAUUGCAAGAAAUCCAUCUCUUUCGACCAUCAAUGAAGAACGUUCCUCGCAGAUCUCUGUUUACGAGUCGGCAGUGUCAGAGGCUUCGUGUGAGGACGAGAGGGCUGAUAUAUCUGUAAGCAUUGAUGGUAGAGAAGUAUCGCUCUCCCUCUACGAGACGCCAGAUAUAUCUGAGGCAGAGGCUAAACAAAUUGCAGAGAUUUACGCAGAUGAAAUAUCUGAUCGUCUCUCAGCUCAAGAGGGCAAUCAAGCAGAACUACCUCCUCUCAGAUUCACAAGAGAAACCUCUCGAAAGGGUCCACUUAUCAUGGAGGCAAUGGUUAUUGAUGUAGAAAACCAAGCUUUCGAUGAAUACAUGAGCAUGUCUGAUAUAGUUUAUGAUGAUGCACGAACAGAAGCUGAUGUGGAAGAACUGUCAGCAAUGGAAGCAGUAAUGGUAGAGGAGCGCGAAGCACUCCGUUCUGACAUUGCAGAUUUGCCUGAGAUGGAAGUAUGGAAUGAGGAACAGUUGUCUCCACAAACUGUAUCCAUGGAGGGCAUGGGUGUUGCUCAUAUCAGCGAAAAGAACAUAAUGCAAGCUGACCUGCGUUCUCUUAGUGAGCAAGGUAUCAGUAUGCUUCGCACACAUGCAGAAGAAGGUCAGGUUCUUGGCAAGGGAGAAGCAGUCAUAGCAGAAGAGCCUCAGGUGAUGAGUGCUGCAGCAAAAUCUAUCAAAACCGACAAAGGUCUUCGUGCCAAGGCGGACCAUAAAGAUACCCCUGGCCUUGCUUUAGCUCAGGUUCAACAACAAGAGGUAUUAACUGGCCUUGAGAAAAUUAAGGAUGAAAAAAUCGAUAGAAGACAAGCCAAGAGGUCGAUUGAGACUAGGGAGGCUAUGACGACCGAAGAACAACAAUUCCUCUCAGAGACUGGUACGUUGCCUGGUGCUGCUGAGGUCGUCAAAGAAACUGAGCGAUAUCCUAGCUUUGUCACCCAUGAAGCUGUUGCUGUUAGUUCUCGUGAAGCAAUGGAACAAGCUAAAUCUUUAGACUCGGAAGAACGACCUUCUAAGAAAGUAAAGAAAGCUGCUGUUAAGAAGACUCAGAAACCAGGUGAAGCUGCUGUCGUCCAGUCUCCUGAAGUAUAUGAAGGGGAAGCAAAACCGAUUUCUGAUAAGCAAAGUAAAUCUGAACAUGCUAAAGCGGUUCUGCAAGGGAAAGAAGGCCUCAAGGUCACCAGUGCUGAAGUCAUGGAAGAUGUAGCUAGUUUCCAAGGUCAGGUUACUCGAGCUCAACAAGCUCAGGUGAAGGAAGCCAGUCAGCAUGAAGCUCUGGUCAUGGAAGAAGCAGAAGUAGUUAGUGGAAUGCCAAAGAGUUUCAAAGUGAAGCAGCCUAAGGCACAAAAGGCAAAGGUAGUGAAAAAGACAGCAGCAGGGGUAGCUCAACAGGAAGCCCAGGAGUAUUAUACGGCUUCACAGGACCAUCCACAAUCUUCCCCAGCUGAAGAAACGGAAGCUGAUGUAAGUGAAUUCCAUUCCAUGUUAGAACCAAUGCAACAGUCUGAGCACUAUGGCUAUGAACAUGCUGAGGUAUUUGAAGGAAUUACGCCAGAGCAACAAAGAGCUAUGCAGUUAGACCCUAGUUAUCGAGAAGCUGUAGCAGUUGCUGUUAGAGAAGGUUACUUCCAAGCUGAGGACCUGUCACUCUUGACUCCUGAGGAGACUCAAGCUCAGCUUCACCAAACACUCCAUGAGGCUGUUGAAGGUUAUGAGCAAAUGGGAAUGUCUGGGGAUAUCAGGGACAUGCCUGAUUAUAUGCAAGGGGUGAGUGACAGAGCACAAAUGUUAACUGAUACCACAAGGGAAGCUGUUAUGAUUCAAGAAGCAGAUGUAGACUAUGCAAACCUCAAUGUAUUUAACAAAGAAGAUAUGUCACAAAUGCUGACUGUUGCUGAGGAACGAAGUGGAUCUCUAGUUGAAUGUAUAGUUGUACAAGAAGCUGAUCUACAGUCUGAAGCCGCUAUUGUGUCUCAGCGGCCUGCUGCUCAUCCUGAAAGAGCUGUGGCUGGCAUUGUUGAAGGUGCAGGUGAGUCUGCCACAGUAGGCGAACCACCUUUAGUAGCAGAAAUGUCUACGGGAAAGACAACUGGAGGAAUGCAAAAAGUAACUGAACCUGGCGAUAAAAAACGCCCAGCUGACGAACCAGUUUCUGACGAACAAAAGAAAUUAGCUUCAUCAGCUGAGAAAGAAACCGAGUCAACAGCAAAGAAAGUCAAACUUGAUGAGAAAAAGCCACAAGAUGAAAAGGGUUUUAGUGCUGAAACUCAAGUGGAAGGAGCAACUCUCACACCAGAGCAGAUUCAGGCUCGGAAAGAAGAGCUUUUGGCACGAAUGGAACAUCUCCUCUCAGGAAAAGCUGAAGGAGAACUGUACAGGACACCUAGUAGUGAGUCACUAACUACAGAAUCUUUGGAGAGUGAAGAACGUAAGCAAGUGAAAGUGAUUGAUAAGUCUGCCAAAAAGGGAACCCCUGGCCUGUCAGUGGAUGGCAAGUUGGAAGAGGACAAGGCAAAGUCUGUGUCAGAAAAGGAGACAGAAAAGAAAGAAAAACCAACGGAUGUCCAAGAUCAAGGUGAACAGAAGACUGAGAAGAAGAGAGGUCUAUCACAGGAGAAGACUGAACCUCAAAAGAGAGGUCUGUCACAGGAAAAGACUGAGCCUCAAAUGAGAGGUCUGUCACAGGAAAAGACUGAACCCCAAAAGAGAGGUGAAUCCCAAGAGAAAAUUGCAUCACAGGAAAGAGGAGCAUCACAAGAAAAAUCUAUAACUCAGAAGAGAUCUGCUUCUCAGGAAAAGUCGGUCUCUGAAGCUGAUGCUCCAAAGGAGGAAACUGGGUUCUUCAAAAGGCGUUUAUCAAAAAAGAGAGGGUCUUCAGCAGAAAAGACAAAGCCUGCAGAUGGUACAUUAUCUCCUAAGAGAGGGUUGUCAAAAGAAAAAUCUCCUCCUCAAAUGAGAGAUAGCUCACAAGAAAAGUCAAUACAUGAUGAAAAGUCUGGAUCGCAAGACAUAAGCGAUAAGAAGGAUAAACCAGAAGAAAAGAAAAAGAAGGGCUUUAUGUCUGCAUUAACUAGUAAAGUUUCUGAAAUGAAGACUGCAAUAACAAGCAAAGUCUCAGAAAUCAAAACAGCUAAGGUUGAAGAAACCAAUCAAAAAGAAGAAACUGUUGAAAAAUUGAAAUCCGAAGACAAAGCAAAUGAACAGACUGCCCAGUCCAUUGUAAAUAAAGACACAAAGGGACUCACUGUGGCAGAAGCCACUGAAAUACACAGAGAAGAGGUAGCUGUUACCAGUCAACAAGAUAUCACCAAAGAAUCCCAGAAAGCUGUCACAGGUGUAGUUUCGGACACAGAGAUGCUCACUGCCGAUCAACAGAUUGUACAAGCAAAAGAAGACCUAGCUAACCAGGGUGCACCAGAAUCUGUAGAAGAAGAGCUAGCUAGGAAGAGAAAAGAACUUUUGUUGAAGAAACAAGAACUUUUAGCAAAGCAGUUAGCUGCAAUGAAAGUUCGCGAGACAAGUGAAGAACCUACUAGUGAACUAACUUCAACUAGUGAAAUUAGUGCUGAUUCUGCAAGUGAGAUGGAGAGUGUCCUUGAAACGAAGGAACCUAAAAUAUCUGGAAAAAUUGCCAUUGGUCAAGUGAGUAUCUCUGUGAAAGAUGAAUCAGCAAAGUCUGAUGUAGAAAAGAAAAUAAGUCAGAUUGACAGUAAUGCUCAAGCAUACAUAGAGAGUACCACAUCCUCUGAUGCAACUCUGUCCAUUAAGAGGAAAGAAAGGGCAAAUGAGACAGGUGAAGAAUCAGUUAACCUAGAUAUAGACCUAAGCUCACCCUCAGGCCUUCAAGAAAAACUUAGUGAGAUUGAAACAUCAUUGAAAGAAGUCGAAAUGAAACUCCAAAAAGAAGGUGGCCUUGUAGAAGCUACAACAGUAGAGGAAAUUAAUGUCUCCGAAGGUAUUGUAGACCUGAAAGUACAGGACGGAAAGAAAGUCAGUGUAAAGAAAGGAAGUUUAAAACUGGAAGAAGGUUUGGAGGAAACUGUAGUAAGUGAGAAGAAAAGCAUAACUACAUCUGAAGAUCUGAAAACCAAAACACAGUCUGCAUUUAUUUCAGAGGAAGCAGAUAAAAAGGAAAAUGAAGAUGCAAAGAAAGCUCUCAAGGUUGAUGCAAAAGCAAAGAAAGAGGGUGAGGUUGAUACCAUAACCAAGAAAAAGACAGAAGUUGAUACCAAAGCAAAGAAAGAGUCUGAAGUUGAUAACAAGGCAAAAGAUGCUGUACCUACUACCAAGGAAAGGAGGAAGAGGUCGAUUCUAAACCAAGAAGGAAGCAGAGCAAAGAAAGGAACUGACAUUGAUACCAAAGGAAAGAAAGAAGCGGUUGAUUCCAAGGCAAAGAAGGAGGCUGAGGUGGAUGCCAAAGCAAAGAUGGGAGUAGGGGUUGAUAUCAAAGCGAAGGAGACUGAGAUUGAUACCACGGCAAAGAAAGAUGCUGAGACCAAGAUUGAGAUUGAUACCAAGGCAAAGAAAGCAGAGAUUGAUGCCAAGACGAAGAAAGAGGCUGAGACCAAGGCUGAGGUUGAUACCAAGGCAAAGAAAGAGGCUGAGGUUGAUACCAAGGCGAAAAGAGAGGCUGAAACCAAGGUUGAGGUUGAUACCAAGGCAAAGAAAGAGACCGAGGUUGAUACCAAGGCGAAGAAAGAGGCUGAAGCCAAGGCUGAGGUUGAUACCAAGGCAAAGAAGGGAUCUGAAGCUGAUAUCAAAGCAAAGGAAGCCGCAGAGGCCGAUACUAAAGCUAAGAAGGAGGCUGAGGUUGACACCAAAGCGAAGAAAGAAGCGAACGAAGAUGCCAGAGACGAGAAAGCUAAAUCUCCAGCAGCCAAAGAGCGGAAGAGGUCCAGCCUGAAAGAAGACGACACGAAGGCUCUUAAAGAAAGAGAAGGAGAGCAGCUCCGGAAGGAGGAAGCCAAGAAAGCCAAGUCUCCUGAGCUGAAGGAUGGAAGGAAGCCCAGCAUGAAGGAUGAGGAUGGUUUAGCUGUAGAUAAAAUCCCCUCAAAGGAUGAAGCAAGGAAGGCAAAAUCACCAGAAAAGAUAGAAAGGAAGAGAUCCAGUCUCAAGGAUGGUGAUGUCAUGGGCGAUAAGGAAAUGAAAGAUAAAGAAGAGAAAGUCAUAUCCAGUGAGGAAGCCAUGAAAGCCAAGUCUCCAGAACGCAAAGAAAGAAAAAGAUCCAGCCUUAAAGAAGGUGAUGCCAAAGUCAUCUCCAAGGAGGAAGAGGGAGUGUCUAAGGAUGAAGCGAAGAAAUCAAAAUCUCCAGAGGCUUUGGAGAGAAAGCGGUCAAGCAUAAAAGAAGUCGACACCAAGGUGGCAAGGACCAAGGAAGAGGAGAAGGCCAUAUCUCCUGAACCCAAGGAAAGGAAGCGGUCCAGCAUAAAGGAAGCAGAUGCUGCCAAGGUAAAGGAAUCCGUUUCGAAGGAAGCCAAAUCACCUGAACCUCCGGCUAGGAAGAGGUCCAGUCUGAAGGACGCUGAUGUCAAGGUUGCCAAAGAGGCGGCGGAUGAGCCAGGAAAAGCAAAGUCGCCAGAGCCCAAACCCAGAAAGCGUUCCAGUAUCAAGGACGAGGAAAAGGCGAGAUCAAAGUCUCCCGGAAAGAGAGCCAGCCUGAAGGAAAGCGAACCCGAAACCGCCAAGCACAAGUCUCCAGAAGCACCAGAGAGAAGGAGGAAGUCGAGAGAGGCCAGUGAAGACAUCACAGCUGCUAGAGGGUCUGAACUCAGGAAACAGGAGGAAAUACUAAAGGGAGAAAAGGACGAAGUGCAAGCGAGACGCGCCGCCCAAGAGAAGAUGAGAAGGGAGGAAGAGAAGUUACUUGAGAUGCAAGAGGAAGAGCGAUCCAAGAGAGAGAGUGAGAUGCGCAAAUCAGAGAUCGAGAGACUAAAUAAAGAAGAGAAGGAAAUAGCUGAAAGAAGGAGAAAAAGAAAGGAGGAGGAAGAAAAGGAUAGGAUUGAAAAACUAGAUAGGCUAAAGAAAGAAGAACAAGAAAAAAUAGAGAGACUGAAAAAGCAGAGGGAAGAGCAAGAGAAGUACUGGAAAGAAGAACAAGAACAAUUUGAAAAGGAAGAAGCAGAAAGGAAAAAGAAACUAGAAAAGAGAAAAGAGGAACUGGAAAAACAGAGGAAAGAAGAAGAAGAGCGCAUUAAUAGAGAAGACGCCGAGAGACGAGAAAAGAAGAGACUAAGGCGGUUAGAGGAAGAGAAGGCUAUGAAAGAACAAGAGGAAAAGUUCCUCAGGGAAGAAAUGGAGAGAAGAGAGAGAAGACGAAAGAUGAAGGAAGAAGAAGAAAAGGAGAACAAGAGAAGGGAAGAGGAGAGACGAAAGAAGUUGGAGGUGGAAAGAGAGGAAAAGAAGAAAAAGAAGCAGCAGGAACGGGAAGAAGAGGAACGCAUGCUCAAAGAAGAAGAGGAACGUAGAAUGGAAAGGAGAAAACAGAGGGAAGAACAAGACAGGCUUAUUGCCGAGGAAGACGCAAAGAGGGAGGCUGCAUUCAAAAAGAAGUUGGAAGAGGAGAAGAAGAGGCUCGAAGAAGAACUCCGUGGUCGUGAGGAGAUGAAGAGGAAGAGAGAAGAAGAGUUGCGAUUGCAGGGAGAGGAGUUCCUCAAAAAGGAAGAGGAACGUCGUCGGAAGCGUAUGGAGGAACGAAAGCGUAUGCAAGAGGAAGAGGAACAAGAGCACCGAGAGUCCGAGGAACGCCGAAAGGCCGAGCGAACCAAGAGGAAGAUUGAGUACUCCGAGAAAGAGCUCAUUGAUGUCGACAGAUACGGCUCCUUGGACCGUCGAUCUCGGACUCAGACGCCAGAUAUGGGCCGAGGUCGCGACCCCAAGAGAAGACCGAAGUUCAGCACGAGGCUCCAGGACCGCCAGGCUGUGAAGGGAUGCCGAGUCCGCCUGACCUGCAAUAUCAUAUAUACACCAGAAGAAGAACCCCCGGAGAUUGAGUGGUUCAAGGGAGGUUUCCCUAUCAGAGAUGAUGAGAGAAUUAAGAUAUCCUACUAUGAAGGCGUGGCGUCCUUAGAGGUACUGAAUGCCAGUCGCUUUGACUGCGGCGAAUACACAUGCACAGCUAAAAACCGCCAUGGGCGCGUCUCCACCACGUGCGAUCUGAGGGUGAAGGGAGAGGACGAACAAAAGCCUAGCCCGCCCACCUUCACGACUAGCCUCAGAGAUCGUUUCGUGAUUGAGGACGACCAGCUGGUCUUGUCCUGCCACGUGAUAGGCUUCCCCCAGCCAAAGAUCACAUGGCUGAAGGACGCAGACAAAUUACCUGCUUCCCCACGCUUCCAGACUUCCAUUUCGGAGGAAGGAGUCUGUAAACUAAUCAUCACAUCUCCACGAGGAGCAGACUCUGGCACUUACACUUGCCAUGCUGAAAACCGCGUUUAUCGCGAUGAAAUUUCGGCAAAUAUACAAGUUCAGGCUCUCAUGGAAAGAGAACGAAGCAGCGACGGCCGGCCAGACGACAGCGAGGUGCCGAGGUUCAUCAGUGAGCUGUGUGACCAAUACGUUGAGGAAAAUGGCACGCUCACACUCCAGGUCGAUGUAGCAGGGUCCCCUCAACCGGAAGUGUUGUGGCUGUUUAACGGCCGGUCCCUACAUCCUUCCGGCAAAUUCAGGAUCUCUUCUACAGGCCACACACAUACCCUCACCGUUUUCCAGGUCACGAGCAAAGACCUAGGUACUUACUCCUGUAGGAUUACAAACAAAUAUGGCUACGCGUACACCUUGAGCACAGUGAGCUUCGGGAGGCCGAGGCCCCGCCGCGGCUUGGCGGCCCCAGGUGGCGACCUCGAACUGCGGGCGCCGGUGUUCGUCAGCCGGCCAGAGAGCAUGGUCACAGUAUUCAGGGAUGAGGAAAUCACUUUGACAUGCACUGUUCAUGGCGAACCUACCCCUAGGGUAUCGUGGCUUAAGGGCACCUAUGACGUAUCAAACACCACGCGUGCUCACAAGACUGUAAAGGAGAACACACACACCCUCGUAAUCCGUGGCGCGCAGUUCACAGACUCCGGCACAUACACUGUGGAGGCCAAAAACUCCCAGGGCACCGUCAGGGCCUAUGCUAGUGUCAAGGUACGCGAGCUGUACAGGUCCCGCAGCUACUCUCCACGUGGCAGGGAAGAGAGGUAUCCAAUCAAGUUUGAGAUUCCGGAGAGAAGAACUUCAGGCAGAUUCAUCAGAGAUGUGCCAGGAAAGAUUGCCGCUCCCAACGCCACAGACAUUGGCAAGACGUGGGUGUCACUCAGCUGGGGGAGACCCGAGCAGUCAGGCGGCGCCCCCGUCACCGCCUACAAGGUCGAGUCUUGGAUUCUGGGCGAAGAGGCUCGCUGGACAGAUCUGGGUGUUUCGCCAAUCCCCUCCUUUGAUGUGUACAAUCUGAAAACGGAUCGUGAGUAUCUGUUCCGUGUGACCCCGAGGAACAAGUACGGCUGGGGCGAACCCGUCAUGACUCCCAGGCCCGUGAGGGUCGGCAGGAAAAUUGAGACUCCGACCCUCCCUCGUUCACUCCCGUCGCAAGUCCGCGCAAUGCCUGGUGGCAAUAUCUGUCUGGAUGCUCAGGUGACGGGAGAGCCCAUGCCUGACAUCCGCUGGUACAAAGACGGUGCCUGCAUCGACAUCAAACGCUACCCGAGGUUCUCCUCGUUCUCUUCCGAGGGAUCGAUGCACAACAUCUAUGGUUUAGUGACCAAGGUGUCGCUGAUGAUCGAGGACCUGCACUGGGAGGACGAAGGCAAGUACGAGCUGGAGGUACAGAACCCCGGCGGCCGAGUCACCUCCUUCACCAGGGUCGCCACCACCACCGACUGCUCCGUUCUCGAGGCGCAGGACAAGAUUAAUAAAAACCUGGUCGCGCUGUCUCAGAUGGAAUCCGUGCCCACCAUGGCGCCGCAGUUCACCAUGCGGUUGAGGGAUCGCCGCGUCCAAGUGGGCUUCCCUGUGCGCCUCACUUGCCAGAUCGUCGGCAUCCCCAAACCCGUCAUCACCUGGUACAAGGAGGGCGUCAUCAUGAGUGCCGAUGACUCCCAUACCAUGUGGCAGGAAGACGGACAUUUCUACACUCUCGAGAUCUCUAAUUCCACACACGACGACGCUGCCGUCUAUUCCGUGCGCGCCGCCAAUCCUUACGGUUCCGUAAUGUGCCGUUGCCGCCUCGUCGUUGAUUCUGGUCUUACGUCGUACAUCUCACCAAUGUUUUUACGCGAACUGGAGGACCAAAGCGUGCGCGAGGGAUCGACCAUCACUCUCCAGACCGUGAUCGAGGCUUAUCCGACCAUCGGGGUCGUAUGGCACCGCGACGGCCAGCGCAUCCGGCCCACCAGGAAGCACUCCUUCAGCUUGGACGCGGACGGCAUCGCCACCCUGACGAUCCGCGGCGCCGACUACACGGAUGGCGGCAUGUACACGUGCACGGCCAGCAACGAAAUGGGCCACAUCGAGUCCAUGUGCCGCGUGUCCGUCUCGUGCACUGACUCGGACAUGGCGGCGAAGAAGAGACUGUCUUCCAAACUCACCCACCCAUGGCUGAGCAAGGAGCCCAUGUUCGUGCGGAAGCCUCGCGCCAUCGAGGCCGAGGAGGGCGACCUGGUGAUCAUCGAGUGCGAGGUGGCGGGUGACCCCAAGCCCGACGUGACCUGGCUCAAGGACUGGAUUAAGGUAGGUCAGCAGAGCCUUUUCUGGUAGAAGAUGUAGAA